CACGCUCCCCCCAGCCCUACCGGUUACCACUUUGCGCCGCUACACGAUCGAAUCGAUCAACGCCAGAAACACACCUCUCUCUAUAAGUUCCUCCUCCACUCAUCACUUCUCCUCGCUCCGAGCGAUCGAUCAAACCGCGCGCUAGUACAGAGUAUAGACAGUACACACACAUCAGAGCUUCUUCAUCGGGGAUCAUCUCGGCGUCCGGUGCUGCGAUCUGAAUCUCCUCAUGGCCUCGAUGGCGUCUCUGUUGAUCCGUAUCUCGGCGCUCCUCAUCGCCUUCCUCGCCGUCUGCUGCCCGGCGUCGCUCGCGGCACCGCCGCUGGGGAAGCGGUACAGGGUCGGCGGCCCCGAAGGGUGGCGCGUGCCGCCGCCGGUGGACAAGGAGAUGUUCUACGUCAAGUGGGCGUCACCCAUCACCUUCUUCGUCGAGGACUCCAUCGAGUUCGUGUACAAGAACGACACGGUGAUCAAGGUGAGCAAGGCGGGGUACUACCACUGCAACGAGACGGUAGGGGUCGGCACCGGCCCCGUGCCCAAGGACGGCAGCACGCUCUUCCUCCUCGACGCGCCGGGCUUCGCCUACUUCGCCAGCGCCGACCUCGGACACUGCGCCGACGGCCAGAGGCUCAUGAUCAACGUCCUCGCCGCCGAGCCGCCCGCGCCGGCAUCGUCGUUGGCCCCAGCGCAAGCCCCGACAGUGGCGCCAUCGCCUCCGCAGCCAUCGGCGUCCUCGUUCCCUCCGGGGCCUGGCCCGGCGCCGUCCAUGGAGUACUCGUCCGCCGCGGGGACCUCGUUCCUGCCUUCGUUCGCUUGCGCCGUUCUAUCAGCUGCAGUGAUGGUGCUAGCCGGUUUUGUUUGAGCAAGGUGAUCUAGUAGGGCACGUAAACCUAUUAGUUAAUUAGCUAGUACGGGUAGUUUAAUUGUUGAUGCGUGACUGUGUGUGAUUCAAUUGUGAUGAUCAGGUGCCAUUGGCAUAUCUAGGGCGUGGUUAAUGAGGAUUAGGUCAGUGAUCAAAAUCGUUUUGAUGUAUCCGCGUACUCUGUUCCCUUGUGUUAGUAACAAUAACUGUAUUUUACAUACUCGUGUCUCUGUCUGUUCCAUCUAAGAAGCUGAAUGCAGACUCGAAUUUUAGAUGAAAA